AUGCCUUCGCCUUCCAACCGUCGAAACCACGAUCCUGCGCGCCCACCAAGAACGCGAACACGGCAGACCACCGAGAGGGAGUACAGGAAGGAGAGGGGCACACCGGAGAAAUCUCAUUCGCGUACUCCUAAGGGAAGAACCCAAAGUCCUGAAAGAACGCCAAAGAAGGAAAGAACUUCACAACAGAGGUCUGGAAGCCCAGAACGACGCAGAAGGCGGAGAAGUCACGAUGGAAGAUCGAGACGAGAGGUGGUGUCGGAGAAGCAUGAAAGCUACGAGUCAACGAACAGUGGAUCGGCUCUACUCUCGGCGGAUGCACUAGCUCAAUUGAACAACUUGAAUGAGAAACACGAUGGUAACAAGGUGAAGAACAUACCCAAGAUAGACAAGGCACACUCAGAAAGGCGCACCACAAAACAAAAAAUUGCCACUGGGCGAGUUGAGAAAGAGAAAGCGAAGCGACGAAAAAAAUCUCACGGACAUGAAGACCGGAGACGGAUCAGCGGUCCGCUCGCUGAAGAGGGAGGAGUCCACAGGAGACCGAGAGGAGGCUAUGUCAGUGCAGACGAGAGACAAGGAAAGAAACGAUUUGGCAAAAAGUUCUGGAUAGUUGUAGCCGUUAUUGUACUUCUGUUGGUCAUAUUCAUACCUGUCGGGAUUGUUGUCAGCAAAAAGAGCAGCUCUGGAGGUAAUGCUACAGGUUCAAGCAACGAUAGCGGAGACCCAAGUAACGACAAUCUCAAGAAUGUCAACGAAAAUGACAUACCAGUCGAAGCUAAAAAUACGAUUCUCGACCCUUUUAUCUGGUAUGAUACUUCAGAUUUCAACGUCACAUACACGAAGGAGACCGUUGGAGACCUACACGUCAUGGGGUUAAACUCUGAAUGGGACGAUUCGACCCAGGCGAAUGAUAAUGUACCAUCUUUAGACAAGAAAUGGGAUUAUGGAAAGAUGCCAAUCAGAGGCAUCAACGUUGGAGGCUGGCUCGCAAUCGAGCCAUUCAUUACACCUAGCCUCUUCAACUCAUACAAAUCAAACCAAGCUGUCUUGGACGAAUGGACUCUGACAAAACAACUCGGACCUCAGAGCGCAGCCCAGACACUAGAAAAGCAUUACGCCAAGUUCAUCACACAACAAGAUUUCAAAGACAUCCAGACAGCAGGCUUCGACCACGUCCGUAUUCCCUACUCUUACUGGGCAAUAACCACCUAUCCAGGCGACCCCUACGUGCCCAAAAUCUCGUGGCGUUACCUCCUCCGCGGCAUCGAAUAUGCACGUCAAUGCGGCCUCCGCGUGAAUCUGGAUUUCCACGGCCUUCCCGGGAGUCAAAACGGCUGGAACCACAGCGGCAAACAAGGUAGCAUCGGAUGGCUGAACGGUACCGAUGGGUCCCUGAACGCUCAGCGCUCCCUUGACAUCCAUACCCAACUCUCCACCUUCUUCGCGCAGCCGCGCUACAAAAACAUUAUCACUAUCUACGGGCUCGCGAACGAGCCCAAGAUGACCGAACUCUCCCCCUCCACCGUGAAUGACUGGACCACCAAAGCCGCCGCGAUAGUGCGGAAAUCAGGGAUGACCGAUGCCCUCAUAGCCUUUGGCGACGGCUUCCUCGGUCUCGACAAAUGGCAAGGCCAGCUGCAAGGUAUCCAGGGCCUCGUUCUCGACGCUCACGAAUACGUCAUCUUCGACGCCCACCAGAUCAGUCUCUCCCACGUCGACAAAAUCAACUAUGCCUGUAAAGGCUGGACGGGUCAGAUGAGCACCUCUCUCGACACUUCCACAGGAUUCGGCCCCACACUCUGCGGCGAGUGGAGUCAGGCUGAUACGGACUGUGCACCGUAUCUGAACAAUGUGGGCGCGGGGACGAGAUGGGAGGGAACGUUGCAGGGGACGGAGAAGAGCGCGGCGGUGCUAAAGCCGAGUUGUCCCGGGGGUCAGGGCUGUAGUUGUGCGAAAGCAAACGCGAAGCCGGAGGAUUAUGAGGAUGGGUAUAAGGAUUGGUUGUUGAUGAAUGCGGAGGGGCAGAUGAGUAGUUUUGAGAAGGGGUGGGGGUGGUUUUAUUGGACUUGGAGGACAGAAGGGGCGACGCAGUGGGAUUAUAGGGCUAGUGAGUUUCUCUUUGAUUCACCUAUCUUUUAG